GCUCUGCACCUUUCAGAUGCUCAAUUGAUGGGCGUCCGGAGCUUAAAGCGGAUACGUCAACGCGCUUUAUUAAAACUAAACAAAACCGCGCCGCAUUUAGUUUGUAGAGCUUAUUUGCGAUCGUUUCACCCUUCACAAAGCUUGUCCAUUUUUUUGCCGUGGCCAGCGGAUUUGGACGACGCUGUACCCGCUUCAUGACAUUUUACCCUGAAAAGACGCGACUCGUCUACAGUAGCUCUAAAUCAUUUUGUUUUUUUCAUUCUCCAGCGCUGAUCUUCGUCCUUUAUUGUCAUCUCAAGGGAAAACACGGGCGCCGUCACAGUCAUGGGUGAAAUGCACCUGCCGUGGAAUAUCGAACUCGUUGGAGCAUCGUGCAAUUUUCAUUGUGGAUUUUAAAUUGGACAAUUGAAUGUUUGGCUUGAAACGCGAUGGCACAUGCCCAGUUGUUGUGGUGCAUGUGUAAAGUGUUGAGCUUGGAGCCGGGCGCGGUGACAGCUGAGUGCCCCUCCUCUCACGGGACUUGAAUAAAAAGGCGCUCCCGUGCUUCCGUCUCACUUUCACAAGCUUUCCUCACUCAAGAUGGAGCUGUGACAUGUUGACAUCUCUGCUCAUUCGGUUACCUUCUCCUUUUACUCCAACGACGUGGGACAUAUGCUCUGCAAGUGUAUGGCAUCAAACUGUCGUCCGCUCCGUGACAUUUCCACACAGAUGAUCCUGCAAUCACCAGUGAACGCUUGAGCCACCGGGGGGAUUUGCGUAGAUUAUCGCCAGACUGCUAUUUUGUUCCCAGGGUCACACUCCGAAAGCGAAUUUAGCGGCUUUUAACCAGCUGCCUUUUCCCCGUUGGCCCACGCAAGGUCGUGGGGCUUUGCAACAUGAGAGCUGCAGGCGUGGUUGCAGCCCUGUGUGAUCUCGUAUAACGCUGUCAACGCGGGGGAAAUGAGACUCCACUUGAUUGUUCCCACGAUGGAGGCAAUAGUGGCUCGAGGAGUGUAGAGCCACGUUGGACAUCGCGCCUGAGCCCAUCCACACUCUCCUCUGGAUCCCUUGUGUGUCUCUCUCUCUCGCUCUCUCUCUCUCGGGGUGCCCCCCGGAGGAUGUUGGAGCGAGGAUGUUGCGCUUCCCCGUGAAGAAGAUCCGGAAGCAGUUUAAGCUGCUGCUGCUGCUGGUGCUGCUCACCUCCGCUGUGUGGUUCACCUACCUGCACAUACACCAGGCCAAGACCAUCAAACUCCACUUUAACUACGGGAAAGAUGGAGAGAGACAGACGGAGGGCUCAGACACCAGCCGCAAGAGGGACACUCGCUCCUCGACUAGCCACCAUAAGAAUGAGGACACCAGCGACAGUAGGGAGGAUGAAGCGGCGGAUGACGAGCCGAUUACAGGAGUUUCCAACAGCAGAGGCCACGCCCAGAUCCGCAAGUUUCUUACCGGGCACCAUAAGAAAUUACCAUGGAAACCAGAGUAUAAGGGCCAAGCCAACCUCCAUGUUUUUGAGGACUGGUGUGGCUCCUCUGUAGCCCAACUCAGAAAGAACCUGCACUUCCCCCUCUACCCUCAUACAAGAACGACUUUGAAGAAACUGGCCGUGGCUCCGAAGUGGAAGAAUUAUGGCCUGAGAAUUUUUGGAUUUCUUCACCCUUAUCGUGAUGCGGAUUUCCAGUUUUCCGUCUCAUCUGAUGAUAAUUCUGAGUUCUGGCUGAGUCCGGAUGAAAGUCCCCUGAACUCCAGGCUACUGGUCUAUGUAGGACAGUUGGGAACAGAGUGGACCGCCCCAGGCGAGUUCAACAAGUUCAGGUCCCAGUCCUCAAAGUCUGUGCACCUGAUGUCAUCUCGACGCUACUACUUUGAGAUUCUGCACAAGCAAGAUGACAAGGGCUCGGAUCACGUGGAGGUUGGGUGGCGUCCAUUCCUCCCUGGUCUGAAAUACGAAGUGAUAGACUCAGCCUUCAUUUCAUUGUAUACAGACGAGUCCAGCCUCAAGAUGAACAGCGUCGAUCACAUCCCUCAGACUUUCGCCAGUCAUGUUCGGCUCCCGGAGGAGUCUCUGUCCCGAAAAUUGGAAGAAGAUGGCAAGCUACGGCACGGAGCAGAUAUGCUGAAGCCAGACCCGAGGGACACCUUCUAUAGCACUCCCAUGAUCGACCCCUCCCGACUAGAAAAUGUUCUGCCUGCUUGUCUUUACUCUCCCACCUAUGUCGUCAAAGAUUUUCCCAUUGCUCGAUAUCAGGGCCUGCAGUUUGUUUAUCUGUCCUUUGUUUACCCAAAUGAUUUCACCCGUCUCACACAUAUGGAACGAGAGAACAAGUGCUUCUACAGAGAGUCACCCAUCUACUUAGAGAAGUUCGGCUUUUAUAAGUACAUGAAGAUGGAUGAAGAGGAAGACGACAGGCCAUUCUUCUUUCCCAACCCCGAUGAUUUCCUGGAGGAAGACGAAGUGGUGGAUAUGGAAGACGAGGCAGAGAUUGUUGGCACACAGUCACCCAAGAAGCCUCUUCACCUCAGUCAGACAAGCCAUGCUUCCAAGUCCUCCCAUCAUCACACUCAACCGCGACCUACAUUUGCAAGUAAAGAAGUAGAGGAUGGCGAGGAGGAUCCUGGUGAGAGGGAAGAUGUUGCAAUCAAUAGUAUAGUGAACCACAGAGAAAGGAGACACUUUGCCUACAGAGAUGAGAUAGAAAGGGACAGAAACUGGAGAGGAGCUCAACCAAGGGCUAACAGGAGUCAUGGUGCCAAAGACGGUCUGUCAGAACUCCAAACUAGGAUGCAUCGCUCUGACACAGAAAGCGUGGUCCGAGGCCGCUCUCUGUCGUGGAGCCGCAACAGUCCUGCAGCACUCAGCCCGGCCGGUAAAGGUGGUGGAGAAGAGGCGGUCGAUGCUACUCCUAAAUUAGUAACUCGACCUCUCCUUUUUCCAAAAAAGUCCUCCAUAACUAGUCAUGCCAAACACGUCCUCACCAACUCUGCCCACACCAACAAUGUCCGUGACAGUAAAAAUAAGAUUGCUGGAAGCAAGAAAGAGAAGACGCAAGAGAACAAGAUCUACAUCACCAGGCCUCGGCCACACAGGGAGCGAGAGAAGGAGCAGCGUCGAGAGAGAAGGGAGGAGAGGGCAUCUGACCACCCGAGAGAGGUGUUCCCUGGAGUCUUUCUGUAUCAAACUGGGAGGACCACAAGACUGGUCAAACUUGGGGACAAAGGGCAUGUUGGAUGGGUUAAAAGCAGAGGCAGGAGUCCAGUUAGCUCCCCUCAGCUCUGGCCCAAUCCACCCACAAAAUGGGGUAAAUCAUCCCUUCACAAUAAAAGCAUCAACAUUCCAAAUGAAAAUGGACAAAAGUCUACCAAUAAAUUGACAGCUCUAAAACAGUCAGAGGAGAGCCUCAGCAAAGGGGAGAACCUUGCUUCAAAGAUGACAGCCACAACAGGUCCGACCAGCAAAUCACACCCUCUAACCCCACGGUCUCAUCACCAAGACCCCCCCCAGCAUGGUCCUCACUGGUUGAACUCCACCGAAAGCCUCCAAGGUCAAGCGCGAGUAACCUCUUACCUCAAGACCACCGAGAUCACAGAGUCACAGCCGGACGCCAACCGAGCAGAGAUGGAGCAGGACACAAACCGCUCUAAUCCUGACCUGGAACCAGAACCCGAGGAAGGUGAAAUGUCGGACUACAGCUACGAAGAGGUGGAGGCGCGGCCAGGUUGGGCAGAGGAGAGCAUCAACUGGCAGAGGACUUUCUCGGUGAACCCAAUGGAUUUUGAGCUUCUGCGCUCCGACUGGAAUGACCUUCGCUGCAAUGUGUCUGGUAACCUCCAGCUGGCAGAGAGCGAGGUGGUGGACGUGCUGGCUCAGUACAUGGAGAAGCUCAACGAACGCAACGGCGGGAUUUAUACCCUGCUGCGAAUCAUCAACGUGGAGAAGCGGCGAGACUCUGCUAGAGGGAACCGCUACCUGGUGGAGCUGGAGCUGAUGGAGAGAGGCCGCAGUGUCGUGCGUCUGUCCGAAUACAUCUAUUUGUUGCUUCAUCGCGGCAGGCAAGUCGACGAAAGCCUUGAGAACACAGAGAACACGGCUCCGGCUUCCAUCCCGGCCUCGGGCCCCUCGGCUGCCACGUCCAACCUCAGCACCGCUCCACACCUUCCCCCCACCAAAUCUCCCUCACGGCCUGGAGCCACAGCCUGGAGCACAGCCUUUGCCAAACCUCUACUCUGCCAGCCCGUCAUGCUACAAUGGAGGAAAGAUGUCAUGGUGCACUUUGUGGUACCAGUAAAGAACCAAGCUCGCUGGAUCCAGCAGUUCAUUUCUGACAUGGAAAAUCUUCAUCAUCAGACCAAGGAUAACAACUUCAACAUCAUCAUUGUAGACUUUGAGAGUGAAGACAUGGAUGUGGAGCAAGCGCUUAGAGAGAGCACUGUUCCAAGAUAUGAGUAUCUGAGGAGAGAAGGGAACUUUGAGCGCUCAGCUGGACUGCAGAUUGGAGUUGAUACCAUUGAGGAUAGCCACAGCAUUGUGUUCCUGUGUGACCUGCACAUUCAUUUCCCUCUAAACAUCUUGGAGAGCAUCAGGAAGCACUGUGUUGAAGGGCGCCUUGCUUUUGCUCCUAUUGUCAUGAGACUCGGCUGCGGGAGUUCGCCACAGGAGCCUGAUGGUUAUUGGGAGGUGAAUGGCUUCGGUUUGUUUGGGAUCUACAAGUCUGAUUUUGACAAAAUCGGCGGGAUGAACACCGAAGAAUUUAAAGACCGCUGGGGCGGAGAAGACUGGGAGCUUUUGGACAGGGUAUUGCAGAAUGGUUUGGAAGUAGAGAGACUACGCUUAAGAAACUUCUUUCACUACUACCACUCCAAACGUGGAAUGUGGAAUGCCCAAAACAAGAAAACUGCAAAGGGAUAAUGCAGCACCUGAAUACUAAUCUACCUGCAGAUCCACUGUGUGCAAGUGUGUGUGCCUGUGUGCCUGUGUGCAAGUGUGCGUGCGAGUGUGUGCGUUUGCGUGUAUGUGCAUGCAUGUGUGCAAAAGUGUAUGUGCGUGCAUGCGUGUGUGGGUAUGAGAUUGACUCAAGAAAGCUCGCUCACUGAUGGCCAAGGUUCCAGCAUCCUUUCGAGGAUAGUUUGUUUGACGGUACAAAGUCCAGAUGUGAACUUUGGAAGUGAGCUGUUUACAAAGAUCAUCCUGAGUAACUUUGAAUCAUCAACUGGAGUACUUGAGGGAGAGACGUUUUUUUCUCCUUCUCAUAGCUCAAUUCUAGUGCAAUGUUUUUAGAAGAACUGGAAAGCAGCUGUUUUCCCAUAUGUAUGAAUGUGCACAUGUAUAUAUGUAUAUAAGUGUGUGAAGAAAACACCUUUUCUCUCAUAAGGGUUAGGGAUGCUAACCUAAGAUUAUUUUUUUCUAGGAUGCGCACACAUGACAGUCUAACAUGAAUGUGUGUCAUCAUAUAUAUAUAUAUAUAUAUAUAUAUAUAUAUAUAUAUAUAUAUAUAUAUAUAUAUAUAUAUAUACAUACAUACAUACAUACAUACAUACAUACAUACAUACAUACAUACAUACAUACAUACACACACAACACACACACGCUUUUCAUCUUUUUUGAAAAUUUAUUUCUAACGUACUUUUGCAUCAGUUGCGUUUCAGUGUCAUUAUUUUAUACAAUUGAACGUUUCUAUAAAACUGCUGUUCUGUGCACUGUAACAUGCAUUUUACCAUCCAUCAUAUUGCUCUUUGCUAUUUAUGUCAUUUCCUGUCUCAUUAACUACACACUCUGCUUUUAGAUGCCUUCAGUAGUUUUUGUCUGUGUAUGCACCAACUGUUGUGGUUUUAUUUCUAAAGCAUUGGUUUGUAAACAGUUUACACCUUUUAAUAUACUGAUUCUAUCCUCUAUUCCCUCUAAAUCUCUAACCUCACAUAGAACAUAAAACUCUAACGAGGGAAGACGAGGGCUGAUAGUUGCGUUGAAAAUCCUGGAUUUAAAUGUUUCAAAAUAUUUAUCUGUAGAGAACGCUUAACUUAAACUCAACAGAAGCGGGAACGUUAAAUUUCUCUCAAAUGUGUGCCUUCAUCUGAGUUGGGCGGCAGGCAGUUUUUAUACAGUUAUAUAUUGCUGACACAAGAGUGUCAGAAAUUAUUUACAAAUGGGCUGUAUAUCUUCAGUUACACUAUCACAAAGGAGUGACGGUCCUUUACAAUGGAUUACAGGUAUCUAUGUGUGUUUGCUGUAGUAGUGCAUUGAACGUGUUGUUGCAAACUAAGAGACUACUGAGCAGAACCAGACUCACUGGCAGCUGCAGUCCAGCAGGGGCUCAGUGGGUCCCAUUAGCUUGCCUGGAGGGCGGAUUCCUAUUGCCUCUUUAUACAGCAUGGUACUUAUGAUGAGGAGUGGCUAGUAGGCUCCAGGCUGGACUCAUAUGAGUAAUAAUUUAAGACCUGUUAUUGACUGUAUGAUUGUUAAAUGCCCUAUCUUUGCCUCUAUUGGGAAAGGUCUAAACAAUGUAAGGUCAUUUAACAUUCACAAGGGGCAAAUUAAAAAGCAGAAGCACUAUAACUAGACUAGAUAUCUAUAUUUAAAAAGGAAAUUGAUGGGAAAUAGGUAUAUACAUUCCAAGGUAAUUUCUGUGAAAUUGUUUUGUAGAGGAAAUGUUUUAAGAAUGUAUUGUACUUUUGUUUGUUUUUUAAUACAAAAUUGUACGCUUACGCCCA